AUGUUGAUCCAACGAACAUUCCCCGAGCCUGACCCGGGGUUUUACAAAUAUCACAGUCAUGCAAGCAACCGCGACAAGGACACUCAGGCCAUGGGAUGGGUUCAAGAGCUCUUCUGGUCUAUGGGCCGGUGCAGGCAGUCAGGCGUCACGUACGCGGAGGGAUCAUGGGGAUACACUGUCCUUCGCGUCGUCUACACCCAAGAGUCUGACGUACUCUGGUCUAUCGCCUUGAAGAAGCUCAACCGUUGGAUUACCCAGUACUUCAUCCAUGGAAAUCGACUCAUCAAGAACAAGCCUAAUGGCGAAAUAAAUGAGGAGCUCGCGCGCCGGUUCGUCCUCGAACCUGUUGAGAACAAAACUCUCGAGGACUUGAAGUUAUUAAAUCUAUCUGAGGAUACUUCUCAACGAGACAUGCAAUCACUCACACAAGUUUUCGAAGACUGGCGCAAGAAGGCGGUUGGCGAAAACGCUGAUCUCGACCCCCGUGACAACACGAGGUUUUGCGACUUUUUGGUCAUUGAUGAGGCUUCUCUUCGCACACUCGCCGCACUGCCUGAAGAGACACCGUCGUUGGAAAUGGUGUCUCGUUCCGAGAGACGCGCACGGCAUGAUUUGUGGGCUGGCUCAUUUGUCUGGCUUAUUGACUCCCUCGCCGUGAAACGUUUUCAAAGUGUCGAGGAUGCCGAUAAUUACAACGGCCUCAUGAAACUGAGCCCCGGGGACCUCUCGGACGCUUGGUUUGAGCGAGCGGGCAGGUUUUCGAGCGACUUCUGGACCUUUGACCGCGAGGAAAUUCCCGAAGGAUCUGGCGAGAAGUGGUACCGUCAGCAUUGA